AAAACAACUCGUACCGUAAAUACGUUGAUAACUGUCGUAAUUUGCCUAGCUGCAGUUCAUACUGUUACAUCGCAGCUACACUGAAAUUAAAUUUGAAAACACUGCUAAAAAUGGCAGACGAGGAGAAGCUACCGCCUGGAUGGGAGAAGAGAAUGAGCCGCAGUUCAGGCAAAGUGUACUACUUCAACCAUAUCACCAAUGCUAGCCAGUGGGAACGUCCGGUGGGAGAUGGCCGUGGAGAGCCAGAUAAGGUGCGCUGCUCACAUCUCUUGGUGAAACAUAAUCAGUCACGUCGUCCAUCUUCAUGGCGGGAACAGAACAUCACACGAACUAAAGACGAGGCCCUGGAGCUCAUUCAGAAGUACAUAGAACAGAUCAAAUCUGGAGAGGAGAAAUUUGAGUCCCUGGCUUCUCAGUUCAGUGACUGCAGCUCAGCUAAGAACGGUGGAGACCUGGGAUUGUUUGGCAGAGCAAAAAUACAGCCGACUAUUACCAGACUCCUUUAGCGUUCAGUUGUUCCCAUCGACUGUAAAAGUGAAGUAACGCCACCCUGACUCAUUCGCUGGUUGGAGUAUAGGUAAGAUAUCCCACCUCCUUCAUGUUAGCUUUUAGGACAUGAGCCAUUCUAAAACCUAAAAGUACAAAUCAAAUACAAUCUUCCCAGACAUAAGUUCUGUGGUAUUUUGGUAGAUAUUAUCACACUGUGGUCAUUUUUUGAUAAGUUUGUCUGUCACCCCACUUGUGGUCGUUAUUGUUCAGAAUAUGGUAGCAAAAAAAGCAAGAUGGCAACCGCUAUAUUCACAAUAUUUUGGUUUGAUUUUUGCAUAGUGAGGGAGGUGGUGGUGCCAUGUCCAUCAUAUAUAUGUCAGUGGUUGUUCCCAGCACUUGAGCAGUCCCACUAGGAUCAGUGUUAUUAUUAGAAAUCUGCAUAAUGUUUAGAGAUUGAAAAGAUUGCAUGUUGAAUAUGUUUUUGAGCAGGAAGAUUUAUUGGUUAUAUUUGGUUAAUGAGCUGUUUUGUAAAGGUCUAUUUCCAGAAGUCAGUGGUGGUGAGAUAACUCGGCUGCCAUUAGUCAGUGUCGCUAAAAUGACACUGCACUUCAGCUGAAAAUGAAACCCAGUAAAAUUAUUACAUUAAACAGAGUUUAUGUACACGUUCUAUGAAUUUUUGUUUUUAAUGUGAAAAGGUG